CUUCUUCAACUUUGUGUUGCGGCCUUUUAGGCUGACCAGAACUUGCAUAACUUUCACUAUUACAUUAUAAUUAAGCAAUAAGGCCAGAGGGGGUGUGGUAUAUGGCUGUUCUUAUUAUUUGUGACGCAACGCAGAGUGCCUGCAUACAGCCCUUCGCCGUGGUAUAUUGGUCAUAUAUCACAAACCCCCGAGGUGCCUUAUUGCCAUUAUAAACAAGUUGCCAACGUAAUUAGAUCAGUAAAAAUACAUGUUUUGUCAUUCCCAUGGCAUAUGUCUUAUACACCACUGCUGUCAGCCAAUCAGCGUUCAGGGCUCGAACCACCCAGUUUAUAAUAUGAUGUAAUGUAUCAUCAUGGGUAGCAUGUGUGUAUGCUAUGUACUUAAAUAUUUAUAUUAGAAAUGUAUUUAGAUUGGUAAAGUGGUGCAGACCCGUUGUCAUUAAAAAAUGUGCAUUUGUAAAGCCCAGCAAAAAUACUUAAGUGAUUGAAAUUAAUGUAGGGGGCUGAGGGGAGGCUUUGUUACUGAAAUCCACAUAGCCAUCCAUAUAAUGAACUUUACCCUCUAGAGUGAAAUUAAGCAUUCAGCAGCAGGCUACUGACAUCUGAAUGAAGUGGGGCAAGCAGCAACCCCACAGACCCGUUGUACCAAUCGGUUUGGUCGUACAGCAUAGAUGGGUUAGCUGACAACGUCACGAAAACGAUGGGCGCGCUUCCAUGCGGCGUGUUGUUGUGAUUCUGGAUGACCAGAUUGCUAGCAAAGCUGACAAGAGACUGCCAUGUGGGAAAUGUAUACUUUAUACCAUCUCUUGUUUUGAGGUGUUUUGAUUGAUUUCAUGUCAAUGUUAAUAUGGCUAAAAUUCGCUAGCUAACUAACCAACAACUGUAACGACGUAUUUGAGAGUCAACAACUGCAAAUUGAUUUAUGUUUUCAACAAAUAUUGUAAACGAAAUAUAGUUUACAUGUUGUCAACUAAAGACAACAACGUCAGUUUUGCCCCAUAGUUGCGCACGUGUCGGUUUUGUUGCUAAAUAGCCAACCCGUCUAUGGAGCCAAUGCGUUCCCAGGAUAGACGUAUAGGAUUAGCCUUCUAAUCUUUGAACAAAGCACCUGCUUCAUACACUGGCCGUGACCGCAAGGUUGACUGGUCACUAAAGUCCAUGCAUUCCAACUGCAAAGGACUCUGGGAGAGUUGCUGAGAACCCCGUUUCAAUCAGGAGCAACUGUAGCUGCCGUGAGGUAUCCAUGGGGACCAGGAGGGUGCUGGUGACAGGCUGUUCCUCUGGGAUCGGGAUGGCUGUGGCUGUAAGACUGGCCAAGGAGAAGGGAUUCAAAGUGGUUGCCACCAUGAGGGACCUAGAGAAGCGGGGACCCCUGGAGAGAGUGGCUGGGGACACCCUGAACAGAUCCCUGGAGAUCAGACAGUUGGAUGCCUGCUGUGAAGACUCCAUCAGAGAGUGUGUGGACAGCCUGCAAGACAGACAGGUGGAUGUACUCGUGAGUAAUGCAGGUGUAGGCAUGAUUGGGCCGUUGGAGUGUCAAAGUAUGUCUGACAUGCAGGGGCUCUUCGACACCAACUUCUUUGGCUUGGUGCGGCUGGUGAAGGAGGUCCUGCCUGAUAUGAAGCGACGUCGAAGCGGACAUAUUGUGGUGAUGAGCAGCAUCAUGGGCAUUCAGGGGCUACUCUUCAAUGAUGUCUACUCUGCUUCAAAGUUUGCUGUGGAGGGGUUCUGUGAGAGUCUAGCAGUACAAGCCAUGAAGUUCAGUGUGAAAAUGACACUAGUGGAGCCUGGUCCGGUGGGGACAGAGUUUGAGAGGAAGGUGUACGAGGACGCUGAGAAGAUGGACCUCGCGGGGGUAGACGAGGAGACUGCUAGGAUCUUCCGUGAGAUCUACCUGCCCUACUCUAGGAAGGUGUUCAACUCUCUCGCACAGACACCCGAGGAAAUAGCAGAGCAAACACUUCAACUGAUCACAGCGAAGGAGCCUCCGUUUCGCCACCAGACCAACCGUGUGUACAUGCCCAUGACUGCCCUGAAGCACGCAGACCCUACCGGUCGUCUACCCCUGGACACCUUUUAUAAGCUGUUGUUCAAGCACGACAGUCUAUUCACUGCCAGUCUGGGGCUGCUGCGCAUGUUGCAGAGGGCAGGGAAGAGCUCCAAAUGAGCAGAAGGUUGGAGAGACAGAGUGAAUAACCUAGUGAGGAGAGAUAGGGGGAUAGAGAGAGCAGAAGGUUGGAGAGACAGAGUGAAUAACCUAGUGAGGAGAGAUAGGGGGAUAGAGAGAGCAGAAGGUUGGAGAGACAGAGUGAAUAACCUAGUGAGGAGAGAUAGGGGGAUAGAGAGAGCAGAAGGUUGGAGAGACAGAGUGAAUAACCUGGUGAGGAGAGAUAGGGGGAUAGAGAGAGCAGAAGGUUGGAGAGACAGAGUGAAUAACCUGGUGAGGAGAGAUAGGGGGAUAGAGAGAGCAGAAGGUUGGAGAGACAGAGUGAAUAACCUGGUGAGGAGAGAUAUGGGGAUAGAGAGAGCAGAAGGUUGGAGAGACAGAGUGAAUAACCUAGUGAGGAGAGAUAGGGGGAUAGAGAGAGCAGAAGGUUGGAGAGACAGAGUGAAUAACCUGGUGAGGAGAGAUAGGGGGAUAGAGAGAGCAGAAGGUUGGAGAGACAGAGUGAAUAACCUGGUGAGGAGAGAUAGGGGGAUAGAGAGAGCAGAAGGUUGGAGAGACAGAGUGAAUAACCUGGUGAGGAGAGAUAGGGGGAUAGAGAGAGCAGAAGGUUGGAGAGACAGAGUGAAUAACCUGGUGAGGAGAGAUAGGGGGAUAGAGAGAGCAGAAGGUUGGAGAGACAGAGUGAAUAACCUGGUGAGGAGAGAUAGGGGGAUAGAGAGAGCAGAAGGUUGGAGAGACAGAGUGAAUAACCUGGUGAGGAGAGAUAUGGGGAUAGAGAGAGCAGAAGGAGUGAGUCAUUGAGUGACUCCAUUCUGCAGUGCACAAGCCCCCUUUUCUUUUCUGCUAGUCAUGUUUGUGUAUAGAAACAACAAAAGAUUACUGUUGAGACCUUCCUGAUAGAUCCUUAGUAAAAGAUGCACGCCUCAGACCAACACGAUUCCUUAUGAACAUUCUCUAACCAGUCCUUAAACUAUCAAUGACUGUGCUCAACAAAGAUGAGACUUUGACAAGUUAAGGACUGAUGUUUGUUGUCCUCUAAUCAAACCCGAUAACCUCGCCGUACGGACUAAGGGUUCAGUGUGUCUCAGAAAUCUGGACUCCUUCAACUGUUCCUUCAGCUUUUAGAGGAUAUUAGUGUGUUACUACUGUAUUUUAACAGUGUAAUGAAGGUUUACGGUAAGAUUGGCAACACUUCAAUAAAACGAGACAGAGCUUU